AUCCGAUCAGUACAGACAGUUAGGGUCACAUGACCAGCUCUGCAGCGUGAGCUCAGCUCUCUGUAGCACGGUAGCUUCAAAACAUAUCUGUCGCUAGCUAACGAUUGAUUCUGUAAUUGUAAUAUCCUCCGACUUUCAAAAGAAGGUUCACCUCAUAACUCAGUACUCUGUAGAGGCCUAGUCUUAGAGCUAUACAGCACGGAGCCGCUUUUGGCGUAUUUGGACGUUUCUCUGUGCUAGCUAGCUAAGGUUAGCGCGUUAGCUAACAUUAACAUCAACAUGAAUAUCGACAACGUUAAUCAGUCGGUCACAACUGGAGUGCCAUCUACGACGUCUUCAACUUCAAGUAACUGUAUCGCAAAUGAUAAUGCAACAACUAACGUCAGCAGCAUCCCUCCCGUCACGAGUAGUGCUUCCACAUCAGCGGCCAUGGUGACACCAUCAGCAGACACAUCUGUCUCAAACGGCGUCUAUGUGCCUGGUGGCAUCACCAAUGGAGACGUUAAACCUGCUGUCUCCACCACGCCCCUGGCAGAUUUCCUCAUGCAGCUGGAAGAGUACACUCCCACAAUUCCUGAUGCAGUUACAGGGUACUACCUCAACCGGGCUGGCUUUGAGGCUUCUGAUCCAAGAAUAAUUCGUCUGAUUUCCCUUGCUUCUCAGAAGUUUAUCUCAGACAUUGCCAAUGAUGCACUGCAGUAUUGUAAAAUGAAGGGCACUGCCUCAGGAAGCUCAAGGAGCAAGACAAAGGAUAAGAAGUACACUCUGACUAUGGAGGACCUGACUCCUGCCCUCUCAGAAUAUGGCGUCAAUGUCAAGAAACCAUAUUACUUCACAUAGAACUGUUUUUCUUGGAGGCUUUUUGCUUUUGCUAGGUUUAUCUCCCUGCUGACACACUAGUCUGUUAAAACCUUUAUUGUAAUAUGUUUUUUUGGAUCACAGUGCUUUAGUACAGCUUUGACAAAUCUUUGUAGUCACUUUGCAAUUUGUUAUUUUUUGUGGAUCCACCUUUGCGUUAUGUUAAAUUGUAACAUAACAUUUUAUUGUGAAAAUAAAACCCUUAUCAGAAACCUUGA